UAUUUACGUGGAAAGUUUCAGUUGCACAAAAAAGCAAAUGGAUAUCAAAAGCGAGACCAGUCCAAAAAACGCGUUAAAACCUUAUGGAAGGGGAUUUCGACAAAAGAAACGUUCCUUGACUUCUGUAACAGCUACUUCGUUUUCAGACGCUGAUGUAAACACCAAUUUUGGAUAUGGCCCUCCAUUCCUUUUUUCUCUUCCUGAACCAAUCGAUGAUCAAUGGAAGCUCAAGUCUGAGUUAACACUAAGAGACAUGGGCGCGAGACCCGUGUCCACACAUGCUUUACGCCGUAUAUUAGAAAGAAGAAAAUUACAUAAUUUUUUUGAUAGUACUCAGGAAAAGUCUAUGAAGAGAAAUAUGAAAGAAAGGAUUGGAGAAACAGAUGAAACGAGUGAUGACGAGACUCGCACAUCUAAUAUUCAUCGUAUCCAGCAGGCGGUAGAUGUAAAAGUUGAUGAAUACUCGCAAGAAAUGCUAAAAUCGAUAUCAGAAUGUUCCAAAAAUUAUCUUGAAAAUCGAUGUGCACCUGGAGAUAGGGUUCCGGCAUUAGAGAUAUAUUCUUUAAAGCUUUUUAUGGUUGGCAUUGUCCUUGCCAUAUUUUUGUCUCGAGCUCUUAUUGAAUUGUUCAAAACGCGGUUCCUUAAUAAUUUUCCACCACAAACAUCUAAUACACAUCCUGGCAUGCAUUCUAUGCCAUCUUCACCAACUCCUAUUACACCAAUGCAAGUACAUUCAGUUUCUCCAAUUCAGCAUCGAAUGUCGCCCAAUACUUCAAUAGAAAAUCCGAUUGCAUCACAGCAUAACAAUGUUGGAGUGUAUUAUGUUGUAACACCAACACAUUAA